CCCAGUGACAAAACCUGACAUGCUCAAUGUUCACCUUAUCCCUCACACGCAUGAUGAUGUGGGCUGGCUGAAGACAGUGGACCAGUAUUUCUUUGGAGUCCGCAAUGACAUCCAACAUGCCGGGGUGCAGUACAUCCUCGACUCUGUCAUUCCUCAGCUUCUGGCUGACCCCAGCAAGCGUUUCAUAUAUGUGGAGGUGGCGUUCUUUGCUCGCUGGUGGGGACUGCAAACGGAAGCCAUGCGCCAGACUGUGCGGCAGCUGGUUGCGGAAGGGCGCCUUGAGUUUGUGAACGGUGGUUGGUGCAUGAACGACGAGGCGUCCGUACAUUACAGUGCUGUCAUUGAUCAGAUGAGCCUUGGGCUCCAUUUCCUGAAAGAGACGUUUGGAGAAUGCGGCCGGCCCCGUGUAGCCUGGCACAUUGAUCCUUUUGGGCACAGUCGGGAGCAGGCUUCUCUGUUUGCUCAGAUGGGCUAUGAUGGUUUCUUCUUGGGCCGUAUUGAUUACCAGGAUAAAUUCCACCGUGAGUCACUGCGUGAAAUGGAGCAAUUGUGGCGCGCAAGCAGAAACCUGGAUCCACCUGCGGCUGAUCUCUUCACUGGUAUCCUACCAAAUGGUUAUGACCCCCCUAUGUCUCUCUGCUGGGAUCAAAUCUGCUCUGACAAUCCUAUUGUGGAUGAUGACAGUGAUGAGAACAAUGUGGAAAAUAUAGUGACCUACUUUCUGGGAAUUGCAGCCUUUCAGGCCAAACACUAUCGCACAAACCACAUUGUCAUGACGAUGGGAUCUGAUUUCCAGUAUGAGAACGCAUUGCUAUGGUACAAGAACUUGGACAAGUUGAUCCAUCAUGUUAAUGCACAGCAACUGAAGGGCAGCCGUGUCAACGUACUCUACUCAACCCCAAGCUGCUAUCUUUGGGAGCUGAAUAAAGCCAACAUAACAUGGUCUUUGAAAUACGAUGACUUCUUCCCAUAUGCCGAUGGUCCCCAUCAGUUCUGGACAGGCUAUUACACCAGCCGACCAGCUUUGAAACGCUAUGAACGCCUCAGUAACAAUUUCCUGCAAAUCUGCAACCAGCUGGAAGUGAUAGUUGGCACAAAAGCAAACUUCGGGCCUUACGGCAAUGCUAACAGUUCUGUGCUGCGCCAGGCUAUGGCAGUUGCUCAGCAUCAUGAUGCAGUGAGUGGCACAGCAAAGCAGCAUGUGACCAAUGACUAUGCCAAACAGUUGUCUAUUGGUUGGGAUGCCUGCCAGAUUGUGAUGAGUAAUGCCUUUGCCAAUCUUCUUGGCAGCACGGAAAACUUCGUCUAUUGCACCUACCUCAACAUCAGCGCCUGCCUACUCACUGAAGCUGACCCCACUUUCAGAGUGAUCGUCUAUAAUCCUCUGGCCCGUCCUGUGGAUUGGAAUGUCCGACUGCCUGUGAACGGAAGCCAUUAUUCGGUUGUAGCUCCUGACGGUCAGAAUAUUUUGAAUGAGAUCAUCCCUGUAUCAAGUUUCACCCGUGCCGUGCGGCAUAACCGAGGCAGUGCCAUCAAUGAACUGGUAUUUCAGGCAUCUCUCCCUUCGUUAGGCUACAAAACCUAUUCUGUUUCCCGGUUGUCUCUCAGAGAUCCAACACACCCCAGGCUGCUGAAAAGGAUGCGUCCUCAGCCUGCUGCAGCGCAUCUUGCACCAUCGAUUGAGAAUGAGCAUCUGCAAGUUCUAUUUGACCCCAGCACUGGACUGAUGAAGGAGAUCCGAAAUUUGGACAAGAGUAUCUCCCUACCGCUUCUUCAAAGCUUCCUUUGGUAUAAUGCCAGUGAUGGAAAUGCAGAACAUUCACAGGCGUCCGGAGCCUACAUCUUCCGUCCUGACACCUUCAAGGCCUUUCCCAUUGCCCAAGGAGCUCAUGUAUAUCAGAUAAAGAAUCAAGUGGUGCAAGAGCUGUACCAGAACUUCUCUGAUUGGUGUUCCCAAGUGGUGCGCCUCUAUGCUGGGCAGCCAUAUGUUGAACUGGAAUGGACAGUGGGACCCAUUCCUAUAGGGGAUCAGCAAGGCAAGGAGAUAAUCAGCCGGUUUGAGACAAAUCUGCAGACUGAAGGCCUUUUUUACACAGACUCGAAUGGACGCGAGAUCCUGGAGAGAAGACGUGAUUACAGGUUCACAUGGAAUCUGAGCCAGACUGAGCCAGUGGCAGGCAACUACUACCCUGUGAAUAGUCGUAUCUACAUCAAGGACCGGAAGACCCAGCUAACAGUGCUGACAGAUCGCUCACAGGGUGGCAGUAGCCUCACGGAUGGUUCUCUUGAACUUAUGGUACAUCGAAGGCUGCUACAUGAUGACAGCCGGGGUGUACAGGAGCCAUUACUGGAACCUGGCGAAUAUCACAAUGGACUAGUCGUCCGAGGUCGUCACCUUAUAUUCUUAGAUACGGUGGAAUCAUCAGCUGAGCAGCACCGUCUGUGGGCCCAGCAAGAGUACAUGGCACCACAGGUGGUGCUGACCCCAGAUAGUCACGACAUUGUCAAAGAGUUCUCUGCUCUCCGGCAUGCCCUUCCUCUGAAUGUUCACCUGCUGACAUUGGCCCAGUGGGAGCCUGAUGCUGUUCUCAUCCGUCUAGAGCACCAGUUUGAAUAUGGGGAGGCAGUCAAUGGCUCCUCGCCUGUUGUCAUUAACAUGCUGAAUUUGUUCUCUUCCUUCAACAUCAUCACUGUGCAAGAAAUGAACUUGUCAGCAAACCAGAAACGGGAGGACGUGAGCAGGCUCAUCUGGCAGUCAACUGAAGGGAUAGCAGCAGAACGGCGAUCAGGCACUGGCCUGGACCCGGCACACAUUGAAUUAUUUCCCAUGCAGAUCCGAACCUUCCUGCUACAGAUUAGGUACUAAAGCAGGCCUAAGGGAGAAAGGCGAGGAAGAAUUCAACCUGCUGCCAUUUGGUCCGAGCAGAGUGCAGUAUUGUCUCAAGGAACAGCAGGACCCCGGAGCCUUCCCCCAGGAACCCGCACAAGAGGGAGGAAGUGGUUCCUCUCUGAAUCAGGCAUUGUCUUGUUUUGCAACCCGAAGGUGCCCUUAAGCUGCUUAAUGUCAGAUGAUAUGGGUAGUAGGACUAUCUUCAGAAAUUUUUUAUUUUUAUUUUUUGCAAAUGAAAAAGGGAUCACUGUUAAAAGGCCAUUCUGGUCCAGCCGCCACGUCCUCAAAGCACAUCCAUAAUGAAAAAAAAAUUGACCGUCCUUUCAGAGGGUUUUUGAAAGCGCUAGAAUAUUUGGACUGUCUUAAGUAUGAGCAUCUUUUUAAUAAAUCUCUUAAAUACACAU